AUGUCCUCUGCACAUGGCUUGCCUGCCAGGCCUCGGAAGCGUUCGCAACGUUUCAAAUCGCAAAAGGUCAACAUCCAAGUCCACAUUAUACUACCCAAAGCAAUCUAUCCAGUACUGACUGUCGAAAAGAUGACACACACACCUAAAGAUUGUGGUGAUCGAAGGUCGACGAGCUUCGACAUGGACGAAAAGCUGCUCGAGGAGAAGGCGGCCACGAUGGAGGUGUCGGAGUUGGAGGUCAAACCACUCCUCGAACACGAUGAGCAUGUCUCCCCAUCUUUGACAGAGUGUCUCCCGCGGAAGCGGUCUUUGAAGGCUUGCUUCAGACUCCGGCGCCGCUCGCGACCGAAUCGCAGUCCUCACAGUUCGGGGGGCAGACUUUCGGAGGGGGGCAGACUUUCGGAGGGGGAGGAGGCUUCGAGAAACAAGAAGCAGUCACCCGGGACCCGCAAAGGACAGAGCGAUACCUCUGGAAACGAGAGCGGCAGCUCUAUGAACAGCAUGGCUUACCACGUUGCCGCCGGCUUAUCGUGGUAUAUGCCGGCUCCUUUCGACAUGAUGCCCACGGGAUACCCAAUGAGGUUGUUCUAA